AUGAGUGCAAACCAUGAAACAGUUAGCAGACAAGCUGUUGGUCGACAAGGAUUUAUUGGAAGUUUAUAUGAUAUUCGUAGUGAUCGUUUCGAAGGUUGCAAUCUAUUUAGUCGAGAAUUCCCAUCAUCAUACAUAUCAACAACGGAUUGUCCCCAUACAAGUUAUAUUGUUGACGAAAAUGAAUCUCAAAAAGAUACAUUUAAUAAACUUCAUAUUGAUGCAUCAAUGAAAAUUAGUCUUAUGGCUGGUCUACUUGAUGUUGAAGGUUCAGCUAAAUAUUUAAAUCGAACAAAAACGGAUAGUCGAACAGUUCGAGUGACACAUAUUCUUCAUAUGAAAACAAAAAAACAACAUCUACAUAUAAGUAUGGCUGAUUUAUGUGAUUAUCUAUCAUCAGAUGCAUUAGAAAAUCCAAAUGCAACACAUUGUGUUAUUGGAAUAACUUGGGGUGCAAAUGUUGCAGCAACAUUUGAAGAAACAUUGGAUACAACAGAAGCAGCUGAAGAAAUUCAAGGUGAAUUAUCAGCAUAUUUAAAGAAGCCAACUAUAAAUAUUAGUGGCGAUGCAAAACUGGAACAUAACGAUGAAACAAAUUCAAAGUUUCGUUCGUUAAAAAUAAGUUUUUCCGGUGAUGUUUUAAUUAGAGAUGUUCCACAUACUAUCGAAGAUGUUUUCAAUAUAUUUCGAAAAGUACCAUCAGAAUUAGAAAAAUUAAAUGAUGGAAAAGGACAACAACUUGAAUUUGAAUUAUAUCCAUUGAAACGAAUGGCUGAAAUUUUCAAACAUAAAUUAUCCAUCGAACGCAUUAUAAAAGAUGUUACAAUACAUGUUAUGAAUCGUCUUGAAGAUAUCUUUGAACAAAUGAUUCAAGGUAAAAGAAUGAUUAAUGAUUCUGUUGAUAAUGUUAAACCAUGGAAAGAUUGGAUACCAUUGAAUUGGAUUGGAGACAUGGUUAAUAGACAAAUCGAAUUAAAAAGAAUCGAAACAGAUACAAAGCGGGAAUUAGCUUUCUUACUUGAACAAACACGUCGAGGUGAAAUUGAUGAAAAGAAAAUGAUGGAAUUAUUAAAUGAUUUUGAUGUAAAUAAUCCAUGUUCGAUUCGAUCUGUUGAACAAUUUUUGAAAACAAAUUUACAACCUGAUAUUAAAAUUGAAUCAUUGAAUGAAAUUCGGCAAUCUUUAGAAAAUAGUGAAUCAAAAGGAUAUAAAUCAAGUUUUUUAUUUCCAAAAGCAACAUCAAUUCUUACUUUUGUUAGUCAACAUCAUGAUCAUGAGAUUUAUCUGUUACAUAUCUCGAAUCAAUGGAAACAAAACGAUGUAGCAAAUUGGUAUAAACAAGUACGACUUUUUAGUCAUUUAUACAAAUCUCAAAUACAAAAUGGAGAGAAAACAUCUGUUUUUCGUGUAAUUGAUCAUGAUUUAAUUGAUAAUUUGGAUGAAAAACCUGAUCGAUGUGUAAUCUAUCAUUAUUAUCAUGGAAAUAUCAAAACAAAGGAUUAUUAUCAGACAUCACGUGUCACAUUAACUCAAGAUCAAAUUCGAGCAAUUCGAGCAGAAAAUAAACUCACAACUAUAACAACCUCAGAUAUUGAAAAACGUCAUAAAAAUUUUAUUGCUAAGCAUCCUACUGGUGAAAUAAAUGAAGAAGAAUUUGCAGUUGAAUUUCAACAACUUUUCCCACACGGUGAAGUACGAUCGUACUGUAAUUAUGCGUUUAAACUACUCGAUAAAAAUAAAAGUGAUACACUUAGUUUUGAAGAAUUUAUGUCUGGUAUUGCAUUAACAUUAGCAGGUGAUAUAGAACAUCAACUCGCAGUCACUUUUGAUAUGUGUGCGAAACAUGGUCAAAACAAAGUUAGUAGAGAAGAUUUGAUUCAACUUCUCGAAGCUGUAGCAGAAUUAAAAGGUGGCCAUUCAGGUUCUGCAUCAUUAAGUGCGAAGACAAUUAUGAAAUUUGACAAAAGAGAAAAUAAUGAUCAAAUAACAAAAGAAGAAUUCAUUUCUCAUCUGAAAGGAAAUUAUGACUUGUGUGCGGCCUUCUUGCCAAUCGAAGUUACUAAUUUUAUAGAUAAAACAACAAAACCCAAGGAAGAUAUGAAACCUUUAACUUGUCUUGACAAUAAUGAUAAUAGAUUAAUUCACGAUUUUCUUACUGAUUAUUAUAAUUCAAUAUCAAUAUUGAUGACACAUACACAAAAUGUCGAAAAUGUACUAAAACCUAAAAUGGAAGCUUUUUUCACAAGACUUGGUUGCCGUUCACAUGCUGAUGCACGACAACGUGUACACAAUGUCGCAUCAAUAUAUCUCGAUGCAAUAUCAAUUUGGCGAACACAUUAUGAAAAUGUGUUUUUAGGAUUACAACCGUUAUUAAAAUCAGAAGUUUUAAAUAUUCGCAACACUUAUAAAACUGAAAAUAACUGA